CACUGCCGCGCCGGGGCGAUCUGGCGGAGUGGGGGGAGGUCUCCCUUCGUCUCGUGAUACUCUGGGAGAGCUCGCGGGCGGGCUGUGGGUUGCGAGCCGCCGUGGGAGCCGCCGGCCGACGCUCCGCCCCGCCCUGCCCCCUUGGCGCUCAGGUCCCGCGCGAGCUCGCGCACGGGCGCGCGCGCACCCGCCAGAGGCUUGUUUGAGGCCCGCGGAGACUGGGCGGGCGGAGGCCGGGCUGCCGAAGUGCGAGGGGAGGAGCCCGAGCCGUCGCUGCUGCCGCCGCUAAGGGAGAGGAGCAUGUCUGCAACUCGAGCCAAGAAAGUGAAGAUGGCCACCAAAUCAUGCCCCGAGUGCGACCAACAGGUUCCUGUUGCAUGUAAAUCAUGUCCUUGUGGUUACAUAUUUAUUAGCAGAAAACUUUUAAAUGCAAAACACUCAGAGAAAUCACCACCUUCUACAGAAAACAAGCAUGAGGCCAAGAGGAGGCGAACAGAGAGAGUUAGGAGAGAGAAGAUAAAUUCUACAGUAAAUAAAGAUUUAGAAAACAGAAAGAGGUCUCGAAGUAACAGCCAUUCAGAUCAUAUCAGACGAGGAAGAGGAAGACCUAAAAGUGCAUCUGCCAAAAAACAUGAGGAAGAAAGAGGGUGCAGAAAACCUAUGCCGAGGACUCCUAUUUUAGAAGGGAAACUAGGUAAAGAAAAGUCAGCAGAGAAAAAGGAAAAGAGAGAAAUACUGCCUGGCUCAGAAAACAACAUUCUUUUCAGUUGAAGUAGAGGGAAUGCAGCUGAAAGAAGAGAAUGCUUCUGGUGGUGGUCAGAUGAGAGAUCCAAAGGGGGAAAAAAUGACUUUUCUAUUUUGAAACAGAAUAAGAAAGAAGAAUGGAAAAGGAAAGCAUGUUAGACAUCAUCAUAAUAAUAUAUCUUUAUAAAGUCAUAAAAACAAAUCAUUAAACAACAAUUUUUGGUUAGUCUAAUGUAAGUCUUUGUUUUAUAUAUAAGGGUAUUCUGGAUAUUAUAAUAUAGAAGUGAUAUUUUGACUGAUUAAAAUAUGUUAGGCAAUUCUGAACAUCAUAUUAAUGAACUUAAGAAUGAAUGGGUCAGGCGUGGUGGCUCACGCCUGUAAUCCCAGCACUGUGGGAGGCCGAGGCUGGUGGAUCACGAGGUCAAGAGAUCAAGCCCAUCCUGGCCAACAUGGUGAAACCCCGUCUCUACUAAAAAUACAAAAAAAAAUUAGCCAGGCGUGGUGGUGCGCGCCUCUAGUCCCAGCUACUUGGGAGGCUGAGGCAGGAGAAUCAGUUGAGCCCAGGAGGCAGAGGUUGCAGUGAGCUGAGAUCGCGUCACUGCGCUCCAGCCUGGAGACAGAGCGAGACUCCGUCUCAAAGAAAAAAAGAAUGAAUGUAGACUUCAAGCUGACGAUUGUGGAUUGAAGAAACACAUCUAGCUCUAAACUCCUUUGGGGAAAUCUAAGAAAGAAACUGAUUUUUAUUACACAGUUACCUAAAAGUCAGGAAUUUAUGUAUCAGUUAUGUCUGGAAGUAGAAGUGAAAUUGAGGCUAAAAAUGAGAGGAUUGUUUGCAAGUCUUUUUAUGAGUAGCCCACCAGGACUGUUUACCCUCUUAUUCCCCAAGUUUAUCCUUUGAAAAAGGUAAAUAAUACAGUCUUUGGUCUCAGGAACACCAGGUGUCUGUUGACGGCCAGGAUACCAUGUUAAGAUCAGGAAGCCUAGGUGAAAAUUGGACAUAGUAAAUGCUGAGUUCUUGAGUUUGGCUUAUUAGCGUCCAGGUAAAAAAAGUAAAAAAGUUUGAACAAAUCUUCUCUAGAGAAUCCGAAGGACCCAAGAGAAAAGGCCCCAAAUAAAGAUACUCUCAUUAGAGAUUCACAGAGAAGUGGCCUAAUUGGAUCGUCCUAAUCUGAUGACUACAGUCAAGCUCCACGUAUGUGUAUGUUUCUAAUCAGCUUCUUUGGUCACUCUCCUAAAUAUGAGCAUAUUGCCAAGAAUUACCCAGAUAUCUGGAAGAAAGCAUCUAUUAUAGUAUGAAAGGCUAAGACCAAAUCAACAGGAGAGAAAAAAUAACUUGGAAAAAAGCAAGAUUUUGCAGGGAAAAGAAAAACUAUAAACUAUUAUUAAUAUCUUUAGCAAAAGAAGUAAUUGUAAUUGUAAAAUGAACAAGAUGAUAUUUAAAAGGAAAUUGCAGAGGUCAAAAAGCCAGUUGGAAAAUGAACUUUAAAAUAUUCCAAAAAACCCCAAAACAUAGAUGAUACACAGAAAUGAACAACUUUAAUAAAAGGCUUAAAGAUAAAAUUGAAGAAAGGUUCCAGAAAGUAUAACAAUUGAAAAGAGAUGAAAAAAACAGAAUGGAAACCUUAAGAAAUUUAGAGGACCAGUAUGAGGUCUGACAUCUGUAAAUAAUUAAAGUUUCAGAUAAGGAACAUGGAAGAUGGAGGAGAAGAAAGUCAUCAACGACUUUAACAAUGACAAUUAUUUAUUCAAGAAAAUUUUUCCAACCUGAAGGACAUUGAGUUUCUUUGUUAAAAGGGCCUACAAAUUCCCAGUCUAAUGGAUGGUUAAAAAGAGAAAUUAUACCAGAGUUUGUCAUCAUAUCUCAUAUCUUUGGUUAAAUAAAAUUUUUCAGGUUUUCAGAAAAAAGAAAAGCAAAAUGAUAUUGGAACUAAUACAAUGGAAUAUUGCCCAGCAAAGAACAAACUACUGAUAUAUGACUAGCAUCAAUGAAUUUCAAAAACAUGUUGAGCAAAAUAAGCUAGGCACAAAAGAGUACAUACUAUAUAUGAUGCCAUUUAUAUGAAGUUUAGGAACAGACAGAAUGAUUCUGUGGUAAUAGAAAUCAGAACAGUGGUUGCUUGUAGGUGUAGGGAGGGAUUGGCUGGAAAGAAGCAUGAGGAAUUUCUGGAGGAAAUUUGUUAUAUGUUGAUUGUGACAUGGGUUACAUGUUUGUAUAUGUUUGUCAGAACUCCUCCAGUUGAACACAUAAAAGAUCUGUGUAUUUCACUAUAUGUAAAUUUAUCAUUGAUUUUAAAAAUAACUAUAAAAAAGGUAUUGGUUUUCUAAACAAUGGCACCAGUAGUCAGAAGACAGUUUACUGCCUUCACAGUUCUAAGCGGAAACCUACAAGUCUAUACUCAAUCAAACUAUGAAUUAAUGUGAAGGUAGACUAAAGAUAUUUUCUGACAUUCAGGGUCUCAAAAAAUUUGCUACCAAUACUCCCUUUCUCAGGAAGCCCCUACAAGUUACCUGCUACCAAAAUGAAGAAAUAAACCAAGAAAGGAUCUUUGGAUUCAAGACAAAGGUGGGUCCACCCAACUCUAGAGAUGAGAGUCUCCAGCAUGAUGCUGAUGAAAGAGCACAAGAUGAUAAUUUUGCAGUAGGCCUAGAGAGCAACCAUUUCAUACUGGAGCAGGUUGGAAGACUUGGAGCGAUUUCUUCAAGAAGAUAAAAAUGAUAAAAUACCUGAUACGUGUAAACAUCCUGAAAAACAAUUUAUACAACUAGGAAAGACUUUGGGUUGAGUUAGAAAUGAAAACUAAGCAAGUAAAAAGAGAAUCACUUCAGGGAAAACAAUGUAAAGGAAAAGUGAAAAAUCACUUACCAUAGGCAUAAUAAUGUAAUCACUGAAAACUGAUGUUACUAAAGUUGUGAUUUAAUUAUAGUGAGAAGAUGAGGGAUGGGCAGAGUGUUUAUUGGGGCAAGAGAUGCAAAACAGUGUAACCCUUAUUUUCCAUGGUGGAAAGUGAAUCAGUAAUGCCUAAAACCCUGAAGUAGCAUCUUGUACAAAUGUUACUUAGAGAUUCGUUUUUGUAAAAGCAAAAAGGAACAACUGAAAAAAAAGUCACAAAAAAAGUAGUUGCAUUUGGAGAGUGGGAAAUGUGCAUGGGGCAAAGGACUUCUGGUUUUUUUUUAACAAGUUUUAUAAAAAUGAUUUGAUUGUAAAUUAUAUGCAUUUAACUUUGAUUAGACUGUCAAAACAAAAUAAACAAAAAUAGAAUCAGGGGAUCCUGAAAAAGUAACUUGGAAGAAUAUAUACCAAGAUAUUAAUUGUGAUUUUUGCUGACUCAUGAGAUUGCGAGUGAUUUUUAUUUUCUUUUUCAAAUUUUCUGUGAACUUGGAUUACAUUUGUAAUCGAGAGGGGAAAAAUAAAAAUAAAUGUCAUUUCCUGUAUAAGAAGAUGAAGAUGAAUAUGUUAAUGUAUUCAUAAAGUCACCACUGAUGUUCAGAAGCGGACCAUCUCUCAGAGUGAAUUUCAUCUAGCAGAGAAAAUUCAUUUUGAUUGAGACAGUGAGGAGAUAGAAAUGUAUGAGAUUCUUAGAGAAAUGAUGUAGCUGUUAGAGUGCCUGUGUAUAGAAAUAAAUAUUGUCUUCAUUUAAUCUUCAUUUCAGUAACUCCUUUGUAUAAUUUUAAAAACUUUUUAGUUCAGUAGCAUAGUAACAUUUAAUGUAUAUUGUAGUAUUAUAUAUAAUACUGUCAUUUAAAGAAAUACUUGAAAGCUUUAAAAAAUUUAAAUUUACUGCAUCUACUGCCUUUAUAUUAAACUUUCCCUUUUUC